UAACUCUACGAAUGAAAUUAAUAUACCUAAAAAUUCGACAUCGCGUCACGUGCACUCUAAGAUCGAAACUACUCCAACAAACAUAAGGGUAACUAAAACUUUAAAUAUAUUUAAUAUUAAGUCUAUGUUCAAAACAACCAAGCAGACGACAACCGAAUCAACGACAGUCACAAAACCGGACUUCUUUAAGAAAAUGAAAAUGGUAACUUCAGAUUUCUUUAAAAAAAUUGGAAAAACGAAUAGCUCACUAAAUACAGAUCCAGUGAAAAGAGAAAAUACUUUAAGUACUACUACAGCAUCCACUACUAAAUUAACACCUACUUAUGCGAAUAGCACAAAUGAUAUACAUGUCAUAUCUGAACUGACUACAGAAAGUAAUUCAAAUAUUAUAAUAAUAGACGACGUUGACGAACUCACAAGUAAUAAUUAUAAAGAUUUGCUUCUGUCGAUAAUAGACUACGAAAGCAACAAACUUAACAAGGAAUGGAUGAAGUUUGCAAAUAUUAAUUUAGACAAAAUAAAAAGGAAGCAAACAACCGAACAAAUGAUGACAACAAGGAAAUCGAAAAUAAUAACUAGAAAAAAAGACAGUACCGAGAAUUAUGAUAUUCUACAAGACCUGCAGCCCCUAUUCCCAGCAGAAUCAAACGAAACUGAAACGACAAUAUCCAUGUCUGCUCUAAUCGACAAAAUCGGCAGUAAAUUUAAAUUUAAAUUUGUUAAUAAUAACGCAAGUACAAAGACUAGUGAUAACAAGGCACCUACCCAGAAACAGCCCAAUGUGGGCAAAAAGAUAUCAACAAAAAAGAAAGCGAAAACGCAGCAUCACACCACUUCUCUAGGAAGAGAGGCCGAUGAUUCAAUUACGGAGCCCCGUAUUUGUAACAUUAAAGCCACAAGACAGCACAUCCUAGACAUACGAAAAGAAAUGCCAAUAAAAGACUUCGAAGAGUAUGUUACCAAUGUCUCUUGCCAAAAGUAUGAAUCAGUACCAAAAGCUAUUUUCAUUGGAAAGACAAGAUAUAAUGAUAAUAAAACCAUGAGAAAGUGGUGUUGGAUUCGUGAUAGAAGAUCUCUCUUUCGCUCAAAGUCAAAACCCAAAGGCACUGCAAAAAGAAUAUCGCGAGUGAUUAGUUCCGAAUUUGAAGUAUUCUAUAGAGGAGAACAUGGUAUUUAUAAACAAAAUAUGAGAAGUAAGAGAUGUGCUGGUUCCAGAGAUAGUUUAAACGAAUUAAGAAAUCUACCUCGGUUUUAUGACAGUGAGAACGAAAUAUACGCUCUAGCCGGAGACAAGGUCAACAUCAGUUGUUUCGAUGACUCUAAACAAACUAUUAAUGAUCGACCUCCAGUGAAAUAUGCAUGGAAAGCAGAAAGAGAUUGCAUGUUGGAUUAUAAUAACGUAGUGGUUGAUGGCGAUGUGAUUAACAUCGUUGGUGUACAAGCAAAGAACAAUGGAUAUUAUAUUAGCAAGGGUAAGUGGAGCAGCGGCAUAAUGAAAAGAGACGUAAAAUUAGCUGUACUAACGCUUCCUAACUUAGUUUUGCUUUCGACAUUAUUAUACAGAAAGGAAACCGAAUGUACACACGAUGAUUUAAAAAGAUUAGAGUUGUUGGGUCCUGAAAUAUCCAAAGAAGUUUUCCAGAGGCAAAGUUAUGUCAAGAUAGACAGUCCCGUUUGCUUAGAGGAUAAAACGGAUGGCAAAAUUAAAAUCAGAGCAUUAGCAUCAGUUGAUUGCCGACGGCCUGCAGUAGACUGUAGUGUGUCGUGCAGAAGGGACUUGCAAACCGUUUUCGCUUCAAUGUGCGCUGAAAAUGUCCCUGCACUAGCUACUAUUGGAGUUAUGUUAUUGAGAGACGGAGUAAACUAUACUUGGAGACCUUCAAAAUACCAUAAACGAUCUGUCAUUACAAGAAGUCUAAGAGAUAUUGGCAAUCGUCAUGACAUCCAAUAUCCCAAAGAACCUGGAAGUAUUAAAUUGUUGGUCUCCCUGUCCUUGCUGGUUCAUCCGCCGCAUGAUCCUGAGAGAACUUUCGCGAAGGAGGGAGAUAACGCAUGUUCAGUAUGCCCUCGCGGCUCGUACUCCGCGCCCGGCUCUGAUAGAUGUCGUGCUGUCACCAGGUCGCGUAGGUACGAUUGGUGGAUGUGCCCCCCAUGCGGCUACGGCGUGGCGGCUUUGGUGGGCCUGUGUUGUUGUGGCGUGUGCGUGUCGCUCGCGCUGCUCGUGCACGUGACGUCUCGCAGCUGUGGCACCACAGAUAAUAAUGCAAAAGAAUCGUCUGAACUACCUACAAAAGAUAAGAGCCGAAUGAACCCAGGACCUACUCGGUCUUCUCGAGUUAUUUUUGCCAAAUUCUUCAAACCUUCACUGACAUCUUCUAUGGCUACAGAUUCUCAAGAAACGAAAUUUGACACCUGGAAAGCCAGAAACCGGCCCCCUCCUCUGCCUCCAGUUGACUUCGAUUCCUAAUAAGUGUUUCAAAUCGUUACUCACAAACUUUAUCAGUAUCAAGUUUAUAAAAUUGUGAUGAAAUGAACUAUUCGAUUCAA